AUGGCGGCGCCAGGUCCAACACCACGCCGGUCAGUGCGAAAACGGGUACGCUUAUACGAUGUCAGGCAAGUUGUGAGCCUUUUAGACGAUCCUGAUGAUUCUUCUGACAGCCACGACUCUGGCAGUGACAUGGAUGUGAGUGAAUUUCGCUAUGAGGAUUCAGAUUCGUCGUCUGAACCGGACGAUAGUGAACCCGGAAGUAACCGUAACGUUGUGCAUAUGGGAAAUUCUGACAGCUGUGAUGUGGUUGAACAAACUGACCACGGGCAUGGGGAUGCAGGUCUUGGGGUUGCUGACAAUGGUGAUCGCUCCAAUGAUUCAGUGGAUUAUGAUAUUUGGCAAACUGUUCGAAACUUGCAACAAGACCAGCCUCCAAACGUGAAUGACUUUGUGUCACACAGAGGACCAGUAUGGAACCCGCCACAGGACACACCACCAGUUGACUAUUUUGACAGAUUUUUCCAAUGCUCCCAGCCUGAUGGACAGUCACUUUGGGAUUUCAUUGUUGAUGAGACUAACAAAUACUACAGCUUUAGUUUGAGAAAAGCUGGUGUGCUUCAGGAGCAUUCACGGUAUCACAAAUGGAAUUCAAUGGAUGUAUCACAACUGCGUGCUUUUGUUGGACUGUACUUCAACAUGGGACUUGUUCGUAAGCACAGCAUUGCGGAGUACUGGAAUUCAACUAAUUUUUCACAGGACACUCCAGUGUUUAGGCGUGUCAUGACACUUCAGACAUUUGAGAAUAUUCUUUGCUUCAUGCAUUGCUCUGAUAGUGAAAAUGAACCAAGACGCGGAGAUCGAGACUAUGACCCUCAGUAUAAAUUUCGACCAAUAUUGAAUUUUCUCAAUGAGUCAUGGGCAAGGGAGUAUGAUUUGGGCCCUGUUAUUUCUAUUGAUGAAUCAAUUGUUGGAUUCAAGGGCAGGCACACACUGGUCAAUUACAUUCGCAUAAAAAAACACCACCAAUGGGGACCCAAAGAGUAUUCCCUUGCAGAUUCUAACAGUGGUUAUGUGUAUGAAACCAUAUAUCAUGUUGCCAAUAUGAAAGUUUCAAAUCAUGGUCAGCCAUUCGAUGUGUGUGAUAGGUUGUUGGAAAAUCAUGGUGGAAAACAUCACCAUCUUGUAGUGGAUAAUUACUACACAAGCCUUCCACUGUGUGAACAUAUGCUGGAUAAACAGAUAUAUGUGACUGGUACUGUCAGGUCAAACCGUGUGGGACUGCCUGACCCUAUAAAGAAAACUUUGAAACAUAAAGGUGAUAUGGUUUGCCAACGCAAAGGACAGAUUUUGGCAGUAAAUUGGAUGGACAGAAAACAGGUCAGGCUUUUAUCUACUAUUUCAAAUGCUGGAACAGUUGAAAAAGAAAAUCAUAACAAGGUAAAGAAGACUGUACCCAAUGUCGUUAUUGACUACAAUGCCGGUAUGGGUGGUGUUGAUAAAUCUGACCAGAUGACAGAUCAAUAUUCUUGUGAACUAAAAAGUAGAAAAUGUUGGAGAAAGAUUGUGUUUCACUUGCUUGAUAGAACCCUUACAAAUGCCUACAUCUUGUACAAGGAAAAUUCCAACAUACAAGGAAUUCCUAUGACACACUUGAAAUUUACCAUAUCAGUUGUAGAGGGACUUAUUGGUGGGUAUGAGGAGCCACGCAGGAAGGUAGGCAGGCCAAGUAUUGGUGAUCCACUGGCAAGAAAGUCAGCCAGGCAUUUCAUCAGUAAAAUACCAGAUGGCAAAAGAAGGAAAUGUGUUGUUUGUGCCAAAUCUAGACAAUCUGGUUUAGGUUACCAAGGAAGCAGAAUUGGUACGUGGUGUAAGGACUGUGGAGUUGGGCUGUGCCGCAAUCAGUGCUUUGAAAAAUACCACAAAUAG